AUGGUUUCAUCAGCAAAUCCUGAAGCAUUUCAAUUUACAGCGAUCAGGCAAUUAGAUGAUAAAAAAUGGUGGCCAAUUGGAUUCAAAGAUUUAAUCAAUAAAAAUAAUAGGUUCAUUUAUUUCUUUUUUGCAGCAUUAAUUAAAAUACAUGAUCCUGAUAUUUUUGUUGGACAUAAUUUUAUGGGAUUUGGUCUUGAUAUAUUAUUACAUCGUAUAAAUAUGCUAAAAAUUAAAGAUUGGUCAUGUUUUGGGAGAUUAUGUAGAACCAUUUGGCCAAAAAUGAAAUCUGGUACUGGUGGUAUUGGCGAAUCAACUUACGUAGAAAAAAUAAUUGUUAGUGGAAGAUUAUUGUGCGAUAUCUUUACAAAUGCAAAGGAUCUUGUUAAAUCAAAAGAUUAUUCAUUAACAGAACUUGCCAAAGCUCAUUUAAAUUAUAAUCGUAAAGACAUUCAACUUGAUAAAAUCGAAUCAUGUUUUGCAUCAUGCAAAGAUUUAUAUGAAUUGGUUUUGCAUUGUCAAUUUGAUUCAGUUCUUUCUGCUCGUUUAAUGUAUAAACUUCAAAUUUUACUUCUUACAAAACAACUUACUUCACUUGCUGGUAAUCUGUGGCCAAAAACUCUAACUGGUGGUAGAGCUGAACGUAAUGAAUAUUUGUUAUUACAUGAGUUCCACAGAUUAAAGUAUAUUUAUCCUGACAAAGAUUCCAAUAAGCAAUGUUCAUACAAUAAUAUUGUAGAACCAGAUGAUAAUGGUAUAGUAACAAAAGAUUUUUUAUUUGAAAAUAUACAAGAUAUUAGAAUGAUCUAA